GCUCGAAGUCCCUGACUCACAGUUGCAUUUCCAAUCGGCAAUCGUAUCUCAGGAACGCACAGUGACAGCAGCCGCCGAGUCGAGGCUGCGGUCUCCGCGCCGUGCCCUGCGGGGCACGCGGCGCGGCCUCCACUCUGUGGGGUGUGCACGGCUCUGGCGCUCGUUCGUUCGUUCCCACGCCUCGACAACCCCGAUGUCCCGAUAGUCCUCCACCUCCUGGCGCUCACGCGCCCCGCCACCGCGCACGCGCGUCGGCGGCUUCGUCCGGCGCCCCGAAGCCGCCACGAUGCGGGUGUUCGCCUGCCUCCUGCUGCUGGGCGCGUCCCGCGUCGCCGCCCUGCAGGCCGGCGUCGAGUCGGCAGCGGAGCUGAAGCCGUCGACGGCGAAGGCGAAGGCCACGACCGAGCCAGCGAAGGCUGAGGCGUCGGCCGAGGUCGACGAGAAGAAGACUGAGCACAAGCCGAAGUCCCCCAGCCAGCACAAGACCGCCGUCAAGCAGCACGCGGCGAAGGCCGAGGGGAAGGCGAAGACGGAGGCCAAGGGCCACGACAAGCUCGCGCUGCACGCCAAGACCCACUCGGCGGCCCACAGCACGGCGAAGGCUGGGGCGAAGGCCGAGCACAAGGCGAAGGCCGAGGGCAAGGGUCACCACGCGGUCAGCGGCAAGCACGUCCAUGCUCACAAGGGCAAGGCGGGGGCCAAGGGCCAGCACAAGUCCAAGGCCGGCGCGGCUGGCCACCACAAGGCCGCAGCGAAGGUGGCGAAGACGGAGGGCAAGGAGCACCACAAGGCCGCGGCCAAGAGCAAGGCCCGGAAGGCGUAGGCGGGCGCGUGCGCGAGGGCCGUGGUGCCCCGCCGACGUCGGAUCGCUUCCGAGCCCGAAUGUGUAAAGAAGACUUGGUGGUUGCACCCGAGGCGUUCUGCUGUCUCCUUUCCGCGUAGCUGAUCGCCUGCUGGACUUGCUUGCAAGGAAGACCUUCUGAUGACCCUGACGCUCUCUCGUGGUGACUGCAAAAGCGCGCUGUACUUCCAUUGCAGCGUUGCGUCUAGCCGACCACCUCCCCCUCGCAAGGCAGACCUUCUGACAGUUCCUGUGGAGCCUGCAAACGUGCGUCGUGCCCUCGUUUUGAGCGCUGCCCCCACACGUGUUCCCAUGCUCGAGUCUGGAGCGUGCUUUGCUCUCUCGGGUCUUCCCUCCCGCCAUCUGUCACACCAUCUGGCCUACCAGGGUCGGGCGGGGUAGGACGAGGACAACUUCGUUACAGAGCGCUCUGGAACGCUCUCAGAGCGUUCCGGAACGCUCUGAUAAGGCCGCGGCGCCCGACACAUCCUCAGAUAUUUUGGAUUUGUCCUCGUCUGCAUUUACCUUCGUCCUGGCUUCGUCUGACAGGGAGGAGAAGAAGCUGGAGGGGGAGCAGGGCAGGGUCCCCAUCGUGUCGGCGCGUCGGCAGCUCUGGCGUGGGCGUUCCAGGUGGAAGGCCGCCGGUGGCCCCGAGUCGCCC